CCCCUCCUCCAGUGCCCCUUCCCUCUCCGCGACCCGGCCCCGGAGCCUGCGAGGAGCUCUGGUGGGGGUGGGCGUGGGGGUCCGGGGACAGCAGGGACGCUCGGCCCGGGAGAGUGCAGCUGACAGGACUGGUCCGGAGAAGACUGAGACACCCUCCCCCGCCCCGGGAAUGGGCCGGUGCGGGGUGUCCAGGGAGUAGGGUCGGGUCGGAGUGGAUGGACCACGGGCCCCGGAGGGUCUUGAGCCGGAGCGGAGCCUGCACCCUCCACCACCCUCCCUUCGGGAAAUAGCAUAGCUGUGUGCCAAGAGGCAGGUGCACGGGGGAAAAUGUGUCAGAGUCCUCCCGCUUGGCAGAAGAGAAACUGAGUCACCAGCCUAGGAGCCGCAGGGUCAGCGGGCCUGACGGGGGCUAGGGGGAGGCCACUGUGAGUGGAGCCGGCCCCGGGCUGGACACCGCUCUCCGCUGGGUCCGCAUCUCUUGGCUCGGUUUCCCCGCGCUCCAUGACUCCCGCAUCUCCUGGCCGCUUUUCGUGGGUGUGGAGUUGUCCCAGUGGUCGGGGCCGUCUGAGUGUGUAAGGCCUAGGCCAGGGAGGAGGGGAGGGGUCGCCCGGGUUACAGCCUGGCUGGGGGGGGGUGCGGUUUGGGGAGCCUUUCCUGAGCUGUUUUCGCCCAUGUCCCGGGGCCACCACCUUCCCCUAAAAGCAGGGGGGAGGAGCCCCGGGUUGUAAAUUCCACACCCAGCUGGUCGUAAGAACUUGGGAAAGAGCUUUCUUUUAGGACACUGGGACCCUGGCACUGCCCUCCCCCAUAGAGAGAGUAAUAGUGGCGGGCACUUUUCUUGUGCGCUUCUUUUGUGCCGCACGCCAGCUUGUUCUAGUCCCUGGGAUUCGCCCACCAGUUCCAGGCGGUGGGAUCAUCGGGUUUGUCUUUCCAGUCGUGAAACCUGAGGCUCAGAGAGAGACAGAGAGAACCGUGUGUUUGCUCGAGAUCACACAGCUAAUAGGUGCUUGAGCUGGGGUUUUGGUCCAGGCCUGACUUCAGAACCUAUGGCCUUAACCACCAGGCUAACCAGCCUUUAGGACAUGCUCCCCAGUGAGAAGAGGGACGUUAAAACAAAACAAAACAAGCCCUAGGAUCUUUCCCAACACUUCUUCCCCCAUCCCUGGGAUGUUUUAUUUGUGUUGUGGCCAGCAACGAUUUGCCCUGAUUCAGUUUAGGGUCUCCUCUGCUUGUGCCGCCUCUGGGCCCCAGACCGGAGAGGCACGGAAGGACUGGGCCCGGGGCUGGGGCGCUAGGCUUUCGAGACUGCUGCUUCCGUCCACCGGCACCCAUCCAUCCUCCUUACCGAGCAGCCGCACACGGGGAUGCCUGAGGCGGGCUCCACAGUCCCAGCUCUCCUCGGGCCCCCGAGAGCUGGGGCGGUAAGGGGCCGAGGCUGCGGCUGGUCCAGCCGGUCCCUGGGGGACACGCUGUGCAGUGGGAGAAACGGUAGGCUUGGAGCUCGGAGCCUUGUCUGAGCCUCGGGCGGUAGACGCUCUCCCGAGGAAAGGUAAGGUGAGCACCUGGAAGCUUCUGGAAUGGCCCACGGUCUUAGAAAAGGAAGUGACCCGGAAGAGAUUCCUCUGGGGAGGAAGGUGGGCGGCCAAGCAAGGCUGGGGUCGGGAAGGUGGGCCGAUGGUUUCCCAGGACUGGGCCAAGAGCAGGUUGGGUCUCUUCCCCAUUGCAUUGCAACAGGGGGUCUCCGGCUGCUGGGGAGGGGGCGACCUGCCCCAGCCCCAGCUCUGCGGUGACCCCUCCGUGUGCUUCUCUCUCCUGCAGCUGCUGCCGCUCACCCCGUGUCUCCUGGCCGCUUCCCUCUUUGCUGCCCCUCCCCGCAGGCUCCCCCACUCCGCCACCUCCUGGGGGCCAUCAUGAAUGGUGCCCCUUCCCCGGAGGAUGGGGCCUCCCCGCCCCCACUGCCGCCGCCCCCUCCCCCCAGCUGGAGGGAGUUCUGUGAGUCCCACGCCCGGGCUGCCGCCCUGGACUUCGCCCGCCGCUUCCGCCUCUACCUGGCCUCGCACCCGCAGUACGCGGGGCCCGGGGCCGAGGCCGCCUUCUCCCGCCGAUUCGCCGAACUCUUCCUCCAGCACUUCGAAGCCGAGGUGGCCCGGGCCUCGGGCUCCCUCUCGCCGCCACCGGUGCCGGCCCCGCUGAGUCCCGGCCUGGAGAUCCCGCCCCACGACCUGCCCCUGGAGAGCUGCAGGGCGGGCGGGCCCCUGGCCGUGCUGGGCCCUUCUCGCUCAUCCGAGGACCUGGCCGGCCCCCUCCCCUCCUCAGUCUCUUCUACGACGACCUCCUCCUCGAAGCCGAAGCUCAAGAAGCGCUUCUCCCUCCGCUCAGUGGGCCGCUCGGUCCGGGGGUCGGUGCGUGGCAUCCUGCAGUGGCGGGGCACUGUGGACCCUCCCUCGUCGGCCGGGCCCCUGGAGACCGCGUCAGGUCCCCCGGUCUUGGGCGGAAACACCAACUCCAACUCCUCUGGCGGAGCCGGGACCGUCGGCCGGGGACUGGCCAGUGACGGCCCCUCCCCGGGGGAGAGGUGGACUCACCGUUUUGAGAGGCUGAGACUGAGUCGGGGAGGGGGCGGCCCGAAGGAAGGGGCCGGGACGGUGCAGAGGGAAGAGCUGCUGAGUUUCAUGGGGGCUGAAGAGGCGGCCCCUGAGCCAGCUGGAGUGGGCCGGGCCGGGGGGACAGCUGGGCCGGCGGUGGGCGGCGGGGGGCCACCCCAGUGGCAGAAGUGUCGCUUGCUGCUCCGAAGCGAAGGAGAAGGAGGAGGAGGAAGCCGUCUGGAGUUCUUUGUGCCGCCCAAGGCGUCUCGGCCCCGGCUCAGCAUUCCCUGCUCUGCCAUCACAGACGUCCGGACCACCACAGCCCUGGAGAUGCCGGAUCGGGAGAACACGUUUGUGGUUAAGGUGGAAGGCCCUGCGGAGUAUAUCCUGGAGACGGCCGACGCGCUGCACGUGAAGGCCUGGGUGUCCGACAUCCAGGAGUGCCUGAGCCCGGGCCCCUGCCCCACGACUAGCCCCCGCCCCAUGACCCUCCCUCUGGCCCCUGGGACUUCGUUCCUCCCACGGGAGAACACAGACAGCCUGGAGCUGCCCUGCAUGAACCACUCGGAGAGCCUGCCCAGCCAGGACCUGCUGCUGGGAGCCAGUGAGAGCAACGACCGCCUGGCGCAGGGGGCGUACGGGGGCCUCUCAGACCGCCCCUCGGCAUCCAUCUCCCCUAGUUCCGCCUCCAUUGCUGCCUCCCAGUUUGACUCAAUGGAACUGCCCCCUGAGCUGCCUCCUCGCAUCCCCAUUGAGGAGGGACCCCCAGCAGGGACAGCUCAGCCCCUCUCAGCCCCCUACCCUCCCCUGGACACUCCGGAAACAGCCAAAGGGUCAUUCCUGUUCCAGGGGACAGAGGGCGCUGAAGGGGAGCAGCCGCUCUCCGGAUACCCUUGGUUCCAUGGGAUGCUCUCUCGGCUCAAGGCCGCCCAGCUAGUGCUGGAGGGAGGCGCCGGCUCCCACGGUGUCUUCCUGGUGCGUCAGAGUGAGACGAGGCGGGGUGAAUACGUCCUCACUUUCAACUUCCAGGGCAAGGCCAAGCACCUGCGUUUGUCGCUGAACGAGGAGGGCCAGUGCCGGGUCCAGCACCUGUGGUUCCAGUCCAUUUUCGAUAUGCUCGAGCAUUUCCGGGUGCACCCCAUCCCCCUGGAGUCUGGCGGCUCCAGUGACGUUGUCCUUGUCAGCUACGUGCCCUCCCAGCGGCAGCAGGAACCGAACACCUCCCGUGACCCACCCCAGCCCCCUGAACCCCCUUCAUGGACAGAUCCCCUACAUCCUGGGACAGAAGAGGCGUCGGGGCCGCCAGAAGUGGCGGCAGCAACAGCCGCAGCAGCCAAAGAGAGGCAAGAGAAAGAGAAAGCGGGCAGUGGAGGGGUCCCGGAAGAGCUGGUCCCCGUGGCUGAGCUGGUCCCCGUGGCUGAACUGGAAGAGGCCAUAGCACCAGGCGCCGAGGCCCUGGGAGGUGCUGCGGGGGUGGGCCCGACGGUACAGCUCCAGCAGUUGCCACUAGGGGGCGACGGAGAAGAAGGGGGCCAUCCCAGAGCCAUUAAUAACCAGUACUCCUUCGUGUGAGACACCCUACCCAACCUCCCUCCAUGCUUCUUGCUCCCAGCCCUCCGGUCAUGAGGCCGGGCCGGGAAGGUCCCAAGGAGAGGUUGGGGUCCCCUCCCCACAUGCUUCCUGACCCUCGUCGGCCAAAGGCGUCUAUGUUGGUACAAGCAGAGGUUCAAGAGCCCUGUUACCUCCCUCGCGCAUACACUACAGGUGCCCCGUUACCUCCCUGAGGGGCUCUUACGGUCAGCCCCACCCCUGGGGGCCAUUUCCCCAUUAACAACCCCCCAGCCCGUGGCAGGGUGAGGGGGGGAAGGGCUGUCAGUUAUAGUAAGGUCGUUGUUGUUGUUUUAAACAAAAUGGAGAAGCAUACAUAAAUAAAAGGGUUUAUCUCAGUUC